AUGCCAAAAACAAAUGAAAAGGACGAUGGACACACUGUAAUGCCAAGGGAGAAAAAAUCUCAAAAAAGAAACAUAAAGAAAGCUGAUAAACCAACCGUUGAUGACGCUGUCACAUGCUUACAUUCACCUGAACAUUCGCCGAAACGCCAAAGAAGGAGAAAAGAAAGAACCAAGGAGCAGACUAAAGAGGCCACAAGUUUCAAGACAAAGAGCGUUGACGCUGCACCAACGACCAUUAUGAUCAACGUACCACCACGAGGUGCACCUGGAGCACCAGUAUCGCCUCCAUUAGCUGGAGGUCCUGCACCAGGGGCUCCGAUUCCAGGGGCCCCAGUUCCGGGCGCCCCAGUGCAAAAGUGGGUUCAGCGCGCUCUGGACAUGGGCGUAGAUGCUUUGCGUGCGGAAUAUAGAAGCCUCGCUCGAUAUACACUACCAGAAAUGACGGUCGAUGCCUUCAGAGCCAAUCAAGAAUAUCAAGAUGUACCGUGCCAGGAUCAGCACCGCGUUGUACUUAAAUGGCAUCGUGCAGCCACAGAUUACAUUCACGCCAACUAUGUGGGGACGCCGGUCGCACAAAGGCGGUUCAUACUUACACAAGGACCACUGGAAGCGACAGUGAACGAAUUCUGGCAUAUGGUACUGCAAGAAGAGGCGGAAACAAUCAUUAUGCUCUGUAAUUGCAUCGAGACGGGUAAAUACAAGUGUCAUCCCUACUGGCCUGAUAAAACGGGUGAAGUGAAGCAAUUCAAUGGUGUCGAAAUCCUCAAUGUGCAGACUAGAGUGCUUUCACCUGAAGAGGUGACCGUGAUGGUAUGCAUUUUGAAUGUGAAAUUCAAUAAAGCCGAUAAUACAAUGGAAACGAGGGAAAUUCGACAUUACCAGUGGAUGGACUGGCCGGACAGAGGUGUCCCACCGCUGAAGCUCACGAGCAUGGAGCUUUUGUCACGAGUUCGUGGUACAAGCAAGCCUAUAGUGGUGCACUGCUCAGCUGGUAUUGGACGUACAGGCACAAUUGUCGCUAUCGAAUAUAUUCUGGAAAGGAUGCAAGCGGGACAUGAAUGUGCAGCCAUGAAUGAUCUGUUGAAAGAACUGCGGAAUCAGCGUGCAUAUACAAUUCAGAAUGACUUGCAAUACCUAUACAUUCACCGAGUAAUGUUGUGCUAUUUUCUUGAGAAGCACAGGAAUAGGUAUGAAUCAAUUCUUACGGAAGAAAACAAGGCGAAAUACAAGAAGUUUGUUGAAGAUUACAAUCAGGCAACUGGUACCUAA